UUUUUUGGGUCUUUUCCAGUUGCUGUAGGCGAAAAUGGCAUCAGUCGGUCCAGAAGUGCAAGACUUCCAGGAACGUGGGCAGCUCCAACAGUUUCAAUACAAUUUUGAAAUGAAGGCGAGUUGAUCGAAACUUUCUGGCUGAACAAGUGCAGGAGGGGGUGGACGGUUGGCCGUUACCAUGGCAACCUCAAGACAAUCUGCCUCUUCCUCCUCGAGCUCUUCUUGGCUGUGCAGCGACGCCGGAAACAUGUCGUCGUGGGCACGUCCUUCGUGACCAUGAUGAGGAUGAUGAUGAUGAUAAUGAUGAUGAUGAAGGUGGCGGUGCCUGUGGUGGCGGCGCCAGGAGGAGCGCGCCGGCCGCGCCUUCUUUUCGCCCAUCGGACGUACAACUGAGGCCAGCUUGGACACGCGUGCGCAAGUUGCAGCCGAGCAGAGCGUCGGCGUCGUGAACGCGCACGGGGAGAAGCGACGGCAAGAUGAUGUGCGAGGUGAUGCCCACCAUCAGCGAGGACACGGCGCUGAGCCAGCGCGGCUCGCAGAGCAGCGCCUCCGACCCGGACUCGCACUUCGAGCAGCUGAUGGUCAACAUGCUGGACGAGCGAGACCGCCUGCUGGACACGCUGAGGGAGACGCAGGAGAGCCUGGGCCUGUCGCAGCAGCACCUGCAGGACGUCAUCUACGACCGAGACUCGCUGCAGAGGCAGCUCAGCUCCGCCCUGCCGCAGGAGUUUGCGGCCCUCACCAAGGAGCUCAACGCCUGCCGGGAGCAGCUGCUGGAGAAAGAAGAGGAGAUCUCUGAGCUGAAGGCCGAGAGGAACAACACCCGGCUGCUGCUGGAGCAUCUGGAAUGUCUGGUGUCCCGACACGAGCGCUCGCUGCGCAUGACGGUGGUCAAGAGGCAGGCGCAGUCGCCCUCGGGGGUCUCCAGCGAGGUGGAGGUCCUCAAGGCCCUCAAGUCCCUGUUCGAACACCACAAAGCCCUCGACGAGAAGGUGCGAGAGCGGCUGCGGGUGUCGCUGGAGAGGGUGUCCGCCUUGGAGGAGGAGCUUACGGCGGCCAAUCAGGAGAUCGUGGCCUUACGCGAGCAGAAUGCUCACAUCCAGAGAAAGGUGGCGGCGGGCGACGGCGGCGCCGACAUCCCGGAGGGCGGCGAGGCACAGCAGAAGGUCCACGGCAAGCGCGUGUCCAACGGCACGCUGGAGUCGGCGCGGGAGGCCGGCCGAGUGGUGGAGCUGCAGGACCUGCUGGAGAAGCAAAACUACGAGCUGGCUCAGAUGAAGGAGCGCAUGUCCUCGCUGUCGUCGCGCGUCUCCGAGGUGGAGCAGGAGCUGGAGACGGCCCGCAAGGACCUCAUCAAGUCCGAGGAGAUGAACAACAAGUACCAGCGCGACAUCAAAGAGGCCAUGUGCCAGAAGGAGGACAUGGAGGAGCGCAUCGUGACGCUGGAGAAGCGCUACCUGAGCGCCCAGCGCGAGUCCACUUCGGUGCACGACAUCAACGACAAGCUGGAGAACGAGCUGGCCAACAAGGAGGCCUUCCUCAGGCAGAUGGAGGAGAAGAACCGGCAGCUGCAGGAGCGGCUGGAGCUGGCCGAGCAGAAGCUCCAGCAGACCAUGCGCAAGGCCGAGACUCUGCCCGAGGUGGAGGCCGAGCUGGCCCAGAGGAUCGCGGCGCUCACCAAGGCGGAGGAGCGUCACGGAAACAUCGAGGAGCGCAUGCGCCACUUGGAAGGCCAACUGGAGGAGAAAAACCAGGAGCUGCUGCGGGCUCGCCAGCGCGAGAAGAUGAACGAGGAGCACAACAAGCGUCUGUCGGACACGGUGGACCGGCUCCUCACCGAGUCCAACGAGCGCCUGCAGCUGCACCUCAAGGAACGCAUGGCGGCUCUGGAGGAGAAGAAUUUACUCAUCCAGGACUCGGAGGGCUACAGGAAGCAGUACGAGGAGUCCCUGCACGAGAAGACGCAUCUGGCAGAGGAAAUCGAGAAGCUGCGGUCAGAACUGGACCAGUUCAGAUUGAGGGUGGGAUCCCUCACAGAACCCACCCUGUCACGGUCUCACCUGGACACCUCCGGCGAGCUGCGAUUCUCCCUGGGCUCCCUGGCCGAGACCCAGUCGGACCACUACCGCUCGGCCAAGGUCAUACGGAGGCCCAGGAGAGGUCGGGUGGGCCUGCGGGAAACCAAGGCCAAGUCUCUGGGCGAGCAAGAGUGGCGCUCGCAGCAGCUGGGCACGGUCGGCGGCGCCCACCACUUCGAGAGCGACACGGAGAUGUCCGACAUGGACGACGACGACCGGGAGACGCUCUUCAGCUCCGUGGACCUCCUCUCGCCCGGCGGCCACUCCGACGCGCAGACCCUGGCCUUGAUGCUUCAGGAGCAGCUGGACGCCAUCAACAAGGAGAUCCGGCUGAUCCAGGAGGAGAAGGAGUCAACGGAGCUGCGCGCCGAGGAGAUCGAGAGCCGCGUGGCCAGCGUCAGCCUGGAGGGCCUCAACCUGGCCCGCAUGCACCACCACCACCACCACGGGGCCUCCAUCACCGCCUCGGCCACCGCCUCCUCCCUGGCGUCGUCCUCGCCGCCCAGCGGCCACUCCACGCCCAAGCUGGACCCCCGCAGCCCGGCCCGGGACAUGGAGCGCAUGGGGGUCAUGACGCUGCCCAGCGAUUUGCGGAAGCACAGGAGAAAGAUCGCGGCGGUGGAGGAGGACGGGCGCGAGGACAAGGCCACCAUCAAGUGCGAGACGUCGCCGCCCGCCACGCCGCGCACCGUCCGGAUGACGCACACCCUCCCGGCGUCCUCGCACAACGACGCCCGAAGCAUGGCCGCCGCCCUGGAAGCGGAAGGGACGCCGAGCAGCGCGGCCAGCAGCCAGGAUUCGCUGCACAAGCAGCCCAAAAAGAAGGGCAUCAAGUCGUCCAUCGGCCGCCUCUUCGGCAAGAAGGAGAAGGGCCGGCUGGCCCACCUGGCGCACAGACACGUCAUGGUGGAUCCGCAAGCAACCAUGAUGGACCCGGACGCGGCGGGCCAGGACGCGGCGCCGGCGGGCAAGCUGGGCACGCAGGCCGAGAAGGACCGCCGCUUGAGGAAGAAGCAUGAGCUGCUGGAAGAGGCCAGGAGGAAGGGCUUACCCUUCGCCCAGUGGGACGGACCCACGGUGGUGGCCUGGCUGGAGCUGUGGCUGGGAAUGCCGGCCUGGUACGUGGCGGCGUGCCGCGCCAACGUGAAGAGCGGCGCCAUCAUGUCGGCGCUGUCCGACACGGAGAUCCAGCGCGAGAUCGGCAUCAGCAACCCCCUGCACAGACUCAAACUGCGGCUGGCCAUCCAGGAGAUGGUCUCCCUCACCAGCCCGUCGGCGCCCCCUACCUCCAGAACUCCGUCAGGCAACGUAUGGGUGACCCACGAGGAGAUGGAGACCAUGGCGGCCCCUUCCAAAACGAAAUCUCAGUCUGAAGAGGGGAGCUGGGCUCAGACGCUAGCGUACGGCGACAUGAACCACGAGUGGAUCGGCAACGAGUGGCUGCCCAGUCUCGGACUACCUCAGUACCGCAGUUACUUCAUGGAGUGCCUGGUGGACGCGCGCAUGCUGGACCACCUCACCAAGAAGGACCUGCGGGUGCACCUCAAAAUGGUGGACAGCUUCCACAGAACAAGUUUACAAUACGGCAUCAUGUGUCUGAAGAAGCUCAACUACGACAGGAAAGAGCUGGAACGGCGGCGGGAGACCAGCCAGCACGAAAUGAGAGACGUUCUGGUGUGGAGCAACGAGCGGGUGGUCCGCUGGGUGCAGAGUAUCGGCCUGCGGGACUACGCCGGCAUCCUGCACGAGAGCGGCGUGCACGGAGCGCUGGUCGCCCUGGACGACAACUUUGACUACAGCAGCCUGGCGCUGCUCCUCCAGAUCCCGAACCAAAACACUCAGGCCCGUCAGAUUCUGGAGCGCGAGUACAAUAAUCUUCUGGCGCUGGGCACCGACCGGCGGCUGGACGAGUGCGACGACAAAGACUUCCGGGGUCCUUCGUGGAGGAGGCAGUUCCCGCCGCGGGACGUGCACGGCAUCAGCAUGAUGCCCGGGUCGGCCGAGACCCUGCCGGCCGGCUUCCGCCUGACCGCCACGUCGGGCCACUCGCGGAGGCUCCAACCCGACGCGGGCGCCUCGACGGUCCAGCGUCUGGACGGCACCACGGUGAGAACCUACCCGUGCUGAGAGAGACGAGGCCGGCCGCUCGCUGCCCAGUUCUGAACGGAUCCACCGAAUCGCGCGCGUGUGGGGGGCGAGGCCCGGGGUUUUCGGGGGCGGGUGGGGGGCUACGCCAUUGGGACAACCUCGCACUGCCAAGAAGCCCUUCGUCGCUCCCGACUCGUGGACCGGAACACGUACCCCCCCCCCCCCCCCCCCCCCCGGCCUCCAAAACCCGAAAAUGUGGGCGCCAGCCGGCCGGCCGCCGCCUCCGGUGCUAAACUUUCCCGCAGCAGGCUCGUCGCCCUUUCCUUCAAACGUACUGUGUAACGAAGUAGGUUGUGUAAAUUCAUAUAAAUAUGACAUUUUUAAUAUAUGCAUAUGUAUUUAUAUAUAUGUAUAUAUGCAUAUGUAUAUGUACACUCACAUACAUAUUUGUGUGUGUAUAUGUGUGUCUGUUAAAAAAAAAAAAGAGAAAAAUUCUUGAUCAAACCAAGAUAAUGUUAGUGGACCAUAGAUGAAUAAUAUAUGCUGCUCUCGGAUUCUUGCAAACUUCCUAUUUUAUUUGAAAUUUGGGGAAAGGACAACUUCCUUCCUAAGAGGACGCCACCGCCCUCUGGUGGCCAGAGGACUAAGAAGCACACGAGCGGGGUGGGGGGGUGGUGGGGGCUGAGGAUAGCUUCCAUUCAGCUCAUCGUGUGUGCGUGCGUGCGUGCGUGCGUGCGUGC